ACCACUACGGCGCCACCUCUGCUCCUCGUAAGUUUUCUAAGUUGUACGGUUUCGUUGUCGGUUCCGCUAUGGUCGCAGUGGCGCCGCAGCUGGUCUACGGCGGAAUCGAUUCUGGCCGAUUCGCCUUCCCCCGCUCAAAAAAGGUCUCGAUUCGCACUCGUGCUAAGCCGGUUCUCUCGGUGGCCACUGAGCCAAAGCCGAGCCGACCUGGGCCGGUCCAGUCAUCUCCACGGAGUGAUGGCCUCAACGGCGCCUCAAAGUCUCCGCUGUCUAAUGGAUCCGUCAACGGAGUUUCAACGAGGAUUGGAGAUGUUUCACAAGAGAUCAAGAGAGUGAGAGCACAAAUGGAAGAAAACGAACAGCUGGCUAUACUUAUGAGGGGACUACGGGGCCAAAAUCUGAGCGACUCUCAAUUUGCUGAUGACAACAUACGACUCCGCCUGGUAGAGGUAGAUGAAAGCAGUGAGUUCUUACCUUUGGUUUAUGAUCCAGCAAGCAUCUCUGCAUAUUGGGGAAAACGACCACGUGCUGUUGCAACACGGAUUGUACAGUUACUAUCAGUUGCUGGAGGUUUCCUCUCUCGACUUGCUUGGGAUGUGAUUAACAAGAAGAUUAAAGAGAAUGAAGUAGCUAGAGCUAUUGAACUAAGGGAAAUAGUGACCUCUUUGGGUCCAGCAUACAUAAAACUUGGGCAAGCAUUGAGUAUUCGACCAGAUAUACUUUCACCUGUUGCAAUGAUUGAGCUGCAAAAGCUUUGUGAUAAGGUUCCUUCAUUUCCAGAUGAUGUGGCUAUGGCUCUUAUUGAAGAGGAACUGGGUCAGCCAUGGCCCAACAUCUAUUCUGAACUUUCUUCUUCACCAAUAGCUGCUGCAUCUCUGGGACAGGUAUAUAAGGGUCGCUUGAAAGAAAAUGGGGAUUUGGUGGCUGUCAAGGUACAGAGGCCUUUUGUUCUUGAAACGGUUACUGUUGAUCUGUUCAUCAUACGGAACUUGGGCCUAGUCCUCCGUAGGUUUCCUCAGAUUUCUGUUGAUGUUGUUGGAUUGGUUGAUGAAUGGGCUGCCCGAUUCUUUGAGGAGCUGGAUUAUGUUAAUGAGGGUGAAAAUGGAACAUUCUUUGCCGAAAUGAUGAGAAAGGACCUUCCACAGGUUGUCAUACCAAGGACCUACAACAAGUAUACUUCAAGAAAGGUCCUUACUACAGAAUGGAUUGAAGGAGAAAAGCUAUCACAAAGUACAGAAAGUGAUGUUGGUGAACUUGUCAAUGUUGGAGUGAUAUGCUACCUAAAGCAGUUGCUUGACACUGGGUUUUUCCAUGCUGACCCUCAUCCUGGGAAUCUGAUUCGCACACCAGAUGGCAAACUUGCCAUUCUUGACUUUGGUCUGGUGACAAAAUUGACUGAUGAUCAGAAGUAUGGAAUGAUUGAAGCUAUUGCUCACCUUAUUCAUCGAGAUUAUGGAGCUAUAGUGAAAGAUUUUGUUAAACUGGAUUUUAUUCCAGAAGGGGUUAAUUUAGAACCUAUCCUACCGGUUCUAGCUAAGGUUUUUGAUCAGGCACUUGAAGGUGGUGGGGCAAAAAACAUAAAUUUUCAAGAGCUUGCAUCAGAUUUGGCACAAAUAACAUUUGAUUAUCCAUUCAGGAUACCCCCGUAUUUUGCUCUUAUAAUUAGGGCAAUUGGGGUGUUGGAAGGAAUAGCCUUAGUGGGGAAUCCUGAUUUUGCUAUUGUGGAUGAGGCCUAUCCAUACAUUGCACAGAGGCUCCUCACCGAUGAAUCCCCUCGUCUGAGGAAUGCUUUACGUUACACAAUUUAUGGGAAGUCUGGUGUUUUUGAUGCUGAAAGGUUCAUUGAUGUCAUGCAAGCCUUUGAGAAUUUCAUUACUGCAGCUAAAAGUGGAGGUGGAGAGAAUUUGAAUGGGGAUAUGGCUGAACUUGGUAUUUUACAGAGUCAAACAGCUUUUGUCUUUCCUGGAUUUUCAUCAAGUGAAUCUCAAUUGAAGCAGCCAAUCCAAACAAGGGCAGCCUUAGCAUUUUUGCUGUCUGAGAAGGGGAACUUUUUCCGAGAAUUUCUUCUGGAUGAGAUUGUGAAGGGAAUUGAUGCACUUACCAGGGAGCAGUUGGUUCAAGUAAUGGCUACCUUAGGAUUCAACAAUGCUGUCCCAGUAUUUAGCAUGGUUCCAGCUCUUGGACCCUUUAGGCCAGCAGGACUUCUGCCCACAGUAACUGAGGAGGACAGGGUUAUAUUGAAUAACGUGCAAAAGAUUGUUGAGUUCCUAACAGAAGGAAGUUCAAUAUCAAGGUCAUCAAAUCAGGGCAUUGACGUUGUUCGUGUUGUUCAAGAGUUGCUUCCAGUGUUGCCAGGCAUCUCAGCUAGAGUGCUUCCUGAGGUCAUCAGCCGGUUAUCAUCCCGGGUAUUAGCACGUUUAAUCCGAGAUACAGUUUUGUAAUUGAACUUUGAUGGAGAACAAUUGCUCAGCUUCUUUGUAUAUAUGCUCAUAUACGAAUUAUUUAUAAUAAAUGCAAUAUUAUUGCAUCAUUUGCUGAGAUUUCGUAGAAAUAAGGACACAACAUUUCGAAGCUAUUUUAAC